AGUUAGUUGUGAACGAAUCGUCGGCGUGUGUAAACGUGUCCGUAGUGUAACAGCGCGAUUUUGAAUUCCCAACGAGGAGCAACGAAAUCGAAAAUCGUAUUCGUUUGUCGUAUUGAAGAACGGACGUCUUUAUUUGAAAUACUUGGCCUGCUAUAUAGCUGCCAAUAAAAUAAAACGCGAGUGCAAUUUGUAACGGUCAAUCGCUGUAAGCGAAUGCAAAUGAAUUGAGAAUCGACGGGUCACAUUAAUAAAGCAAUCAAUUCAUAAUAAAAAUACAAAUCGAAAAGCAAUUCAAAACAUACACACACACAUACUCAAUAAGCAAUCAAAGCGUAAUUGAAGGAAUUGAAUUAUCAGAAUCUUUGACAACAAAUGCAGACAGACCUAAGCACACUUAUACACAUGUAUAUUGCUUUAUUGCGAUUAUUAUGUCAUGAAGAAUCGCAACACGCGAAAUCGAAAUCUUUGAGAAAGAAGGAGAAGCAAAUUGCAAUUUAACAGAGUUGUUUUAUUUUAGUUGAAACAAAGCGCAGCAACAACAAUCGCGAGCAAGGCUAGACACGCGUAUUUUUUGCACACUUUUUACAGAGCGAGCAACAACAGCAACAACAGCAAAACCUCACUGCGUGUUUUGUUUGUGCGAGUGUGUGUGUGAAAACAGCCUAACCGGCAAGUGCAAUACGUUAGUGUGUGUGUGUGUGCCGCUCUCUCGCUCUCUCGCGCUCUACCGCUGCCGCCGUCUCUGCUGCAGUCGCAGUCGCAAUCGUUGCUUUUGCAUUUACCUUUACCUUAGUCGCUCUGCCUAUUGAGCUGAGUGCGUCUGUGUGUGUGGGUCUCAGUCAGUGUCAGUGUAUUAGUGUCGAACAGCUGUUUAGUGCAACAUGCAGCGAAGCUGCCUAAAAUCAACAUAGUGGCCUUACAAACACACGCACGCACGCACACACAUACCCACGUUUAACAUAUCGCGUUGCUAAACAAAGCAAAAAAGAAAAAAAAACCAAAACCAAAAAAAAGAGAACGUGCUACACUCAAAGAUUGAAGUCCGGUUUGCAAUUUCUGCAUAAAUUGAGCACAAGAAUUUCACAUCAUCAUCAUCAGCAUCAUGGCCGGCAGUCUGACAAAGUUGCUGCUCGUCGCAUUUCUCUGCAGCUUGGCUGCGGCCAAACAUUUGGGCGACGCUGGCGUCGGCGCGGCUGCCAAUGACCACCACCUUCAACACAGCCAGCACCAAUACCAUCAACACCAGCAUCAACACAGCGCCGCAACGCACCACCGUCGACGCCUGCAGCGCGACUCUCGCGCCAAGGAUACUGCGCUACAGUGCGAAGCGGUCAAGGGUUACUUCGAAUCGAUCGACAUCAGGUCGAGUGGAGUUUACAAUGAAAAAGGCGCCAUUUGCGGUGGCAACUGUUGCAACAAUGCCACGGAAUUGGAGUUGCGCGACAAAGCAUCGGACAAGUUCGAGCAACUGCUGCAUCAUCACACAAGCAGUCUGCGGGGCAUAUUGGAGACAACGGCCACUCAGUUCCAAAGUCACGUCCUCGAGCUAGCCGAGCAGUCAGAGAACAAGACACUCACAAUUUUCUCGAAAGUCUACAGCCGAAUGGUGCCGCUGGCACAGCAACUGAUUCAUCAGCUCUACACGGAACUCAUAAAUCACCUGAAAUACACGUCCAACUAUAGCAAUGGCCAAGGCAAUAGCAUACUAAAUAGUCAGAGCAAUUUGGAGGAUGCGCUGCACAAGUUCUUCGAGCAACUCUUUCCCGUUGCCUAUCAUCAUGGAGUGCAUCUGUCGAAGAAUAACUACGGCGAACUGCACGAGGAUUACAUCAAUUGUCUGAAGCACAACUUCGAUGAUCUGCAACCCUUUGGCCAGAUACCCAAGGAUGUGCAAAGCACACUGCUCCAGAGCGUUCACAUGUCCAAUAUCUUUAUGAAUGCGUUGAUCCAGAGUGCCGAGGUGAUCAGUGAAAUGGAUGCGUUGUAUGGCGAACGUUUGACAGACACCUGCAAGCUGCAUCUGCUCAAAAUGUAUUAUUGUCCCAACUGCAACGGACAUACAGAGCAUAGCAGACCAAAGCUCUGCUACAGCUACUGCAUGAAUGUGAUGCGCGGCUGUUCGGCGCAGUUCUCCGGUGUGCUGGACAAACCUUGGACUAGCGUGGCGGAAGCCUUGGACAAUCUGGUGUCCAAUCACAUACGCUCUGAGAGCGGCAUCAUGGCUGUCAUCAAGCAGCUGGACACCAAGUUGUCAGAGGCCAUCAUGAAGGCCAUGGAAAAUGGUGCAGAGCUGGAGAAAAAGGUGAAGAAAACAUGCGGCUCCCCCAAUCUGUUGCCACCGCUGACGGGCGAGGCACCGGAUACCUUGCAACAACACAACAGCGUCAAAUGGGCUUUGCCGCCAGAUGCAGCUCUCGUGCACUUCCUGUCGACCAUCGAGAAGUCGAAGAAGUUCUUCACCAACAUUGUGGACAACUACUGUGAUGAGGAUUACACGCAGACCGACGAUCAUAUGUGUUGGACGGGCAAUCGCGUGGGUGAUUACACACAGCUGCUGAUGACACCGAGCACGGAUACACAGCGCUACAAUCCCGAGGUGCCAUGGGAGAAGGAGUCGGAGAUGGGUCAGCUCAAUGUGCUGGCCGACAAGCUGAACAAGAUACGUCAGAGCAUUGGCGCACCUGUGGCCAGUCCGCCCAUGCACGAUGUGCAGAGCGAUAUGGGACACGAGGGUUCGGGCGGUGGCAGCAGUCAGAUCAACGAUGACGAUGAGGAAUAUGGCAUUCAUGCCUCCGGCGAUGGUUCAGGCGAUGGUCCUUCGACUUUCUAUAAUCCAGCUGGCACCACGCCGAUCACAGACAAUGAAAACGCCAGGGAAGACCCAUCGAAGGGUGCAGCCAGCGGGCUGACGAUCAGCUUGACGUUCAGCGUGCUGCUCACUCUAGUCACACUCUACAGUAGUUGUAGUUAAAGCAGCAGCAGUAACCCAAAAUCCCAAAAAACAAAUCAUAAAUAUUUACAAGUAUAUAAAUAUACAAGAUAUCUAUAUAUAUACUAAAAAUAUAUAUAUAUUCUAUAUAUAUGUAUGAAUGGCAAAGCAAAUUGAGCGCGCACAAAGUUCGACGCAAGUAAUUAAUUGAUUGAAUUAAUUGAUUAAUUAUUUGGAUAAUUCUUAAGUUGUUACCAUUAAUUUAUUAGCCCACUAAGAGCAACCACUUUGCAAUCACGAAGCGCGUUUGAAAUGCAACCACAAUCUUCAGAGAAUACCCAAAAAAAAAACAAAAAAGAAUAACAGAUAUGCAGUUAAAAAACAAAAAUGAUAAAAAAAAAAGAUGUGGAACGUCUCUCACUGUGUUUUAGGCGUUUCCAAACUCUUCUAGCUUUCCCGCUCUGGAAAUAAAAACAAAUGAAUCACACAAAUAAUUGCAAUUGAGCUCCGUUAAACCUCAACUCAGAAUCUUAACAGAUUUUUUGUGCCAUAUAAAAUGUGUUGGAGGUUUGCAGAAAAGAAAAAUAAAACAAAAUUACAAAAUAUUAACAGCAAUAAUAGGCUCAAAACUCAUUCAGAUACGUGUUCUUCAAAUCAUAUACAUACAUAGAUCUAUACAACAAAAAAAAAAAAGAAGAAAAGAAAAUAACUAUACAUAAUUAAUAUACAGCUCAAUGUUCAAAGCGAAUUGUUCCUUUUUGGUGUAAUUAAAUAGUUGCUGUUAUGCAUAAAUCAAGAGAGAGAGAAAUCGCGCAAUAGCAAGAGAGAGAGAGAAAAUACGUAAUAAAAUUAAACAAAAACAGAAUUUAAAUAUGUUAGCUAAAGUGCAGUGAAUGUUGUUAUUGAAGAAUAGAAUCGAAGCGAAUUAUUGUUGUCAACAUUUAAGAGAGCUCAAAGAAUAGAAAACUAACAAAAACCGGAAUGCAAAAAAUGGAAUUUAGUUGAGUUAACGCACUUUUUGGGAAAAUAAAAACUAGAAGACUUACAGCUUUAUACGCAUGAAACGAUGAAAAUCUAUACAUCUAAUAUGUAGAAUUAUUUAAAUUAAUUAUAUGAAAUAUAAACAAAAACAAAAGAAAAAACCGAAAUGAACAAACCAUUUGAGGUAAAAAUUGAAAUGAAUGUCAUCAAAUGCAUCAAAUACGGGGGAAAAUGAAACUACGAAUCAGAUUGUUAAUUUAAGUUGUUCGAUUUGAUGAUCACUUCGGAUAUCAGAUCAGAUGAGAACUGAGCUUGCAUUCGAAAUUCAGAUUCAGAUUUUGAUCAAGCCAAAUGCCUCUUGACAAAAACAAAACACUUACACUUACCACACUUUGCAAAUGCUGUAGAUGUUUAUUAACUUUAGUACUACUUUAGUAACUAAACUAACUAAAUUCACAAAUUGAACAUUUUUGUGUUGCAAGAGAAACAACAAAAAAUUAAAACGAUGCAGGCGACACUCUAAAAAAUAAGUUUAAAGAAAUACAGAUAAAGAAAAUACAUAAAAAAUUAAGCGAAAUUUAAAUACAUAUAAAUAUAUAUAAAUAUUAUAUAUAUAUAAAGUAAAGUAAAGUAAAGUGUAACAAUCUAGCGUGUAAUGUGUAAAAAGCAAAAGUUCGAUGUGAGCAAGAAGAAAUUUAGUUAGUAGCCAAUUAACAAAUGAUAAAUGAUAAUUAAAUAACAAAUGAUAAUUGGAUAUAUAAUACUUGAUAACGCUAAUAACACAAACACACACAUACAAACAAAUUGAUCUACUUAUAUAUAAAUAAAAAAUAUAUAUAAUAUAAACAUACUAUUAUUGAUUGAUAGCAACUAACGAUCGUAGGGACAACCACAAAAUAUAAACAACAAGAGCAACAACGAUAUCGUUGGCGGUCCCAUAAAUAUUAUGUGUAUGUUAAACUAUGUAUAAUUAUUAUUUUUAUUAUUUAACUAUUGCAUGUGAUUAAUAAUAUUUAAGUUAAACGUAAACACAACAUAUUAUACUGUAACUUAUGUAUACCGACCGCAACAACAGCAAAACAAAAUGCAAUGUGCUAUAUGAGAAAAGCAUCUUGUGUGACUCUAUUCGAUGAUGAUAACCAAUGCAAAAUGUGCACAAAAAAAAUUAAAUGUACUACUUUUUAGACGCCUAAAAACCAAUAAAUAAUUAUUAUGUAACAAAAACAAAA